AUGGGGAUUAAAUCGCUCAUCAGCUACGGUUUCCUCAUCCUCCCUGUGGCCGUCACCCUAGGAGUCUUACUCGGCCUUCGAUCCUAUCGAGUGUCGCAUGGGUUCGCACCGCCGUUUGUGAGCAACAAAAUCUCGCACAAGCAGUACUGCCAAUUGUCCUUCGGUAUUUCUCCUUCGACGACCGGUCAGCAAUACACACUGAAUCCCAAUCAAUGGGGUGUCAUUGAGGAUACGACCGUUGGUGGCCUCUGUUUGAACGUCACCUCGUUCGACAACGGCUCCUAUCCAACCAGAACUACCGCUCCGGAGUGGUCGAUCACCUGGCAAUUCGACCAGGGCCCUCCUACUCAGCCUGUCCAUGCGUUUCCCAACAUCCUAGUCGAUCCAGACAAUAACGUUCUCCCCGUCGAGAUUUCGGCUGUGUCUGCAAUCAACAUUACAACGGAAUGGCACUACGGAGUGGGCACCAGCCUUCCAACAGACACCAAUACUGCCGAGCUCACCAAUGCCGAACUCAAUGCCAACGUAGCCAUCGAUAUGUUCAUUGACUCCAACCAACACGCCGCCACAAGCACAAGGGAUGCGAAAUACGAAGUCAUGAUCUGGCUUGCGGAUUUUGGAGCCAGUACUCAACCCAUCGGUCUUGAACAGGGCUCCCGGAAGACCGUAGACAUUGGUGGCACAACCUUCAACCUUUACUUUGGUGUGAACGGUCAGCAGCAGACGGUCUUGACCUGGGUGGCAGCUGGUACCGUCCAGAGCAUCUCUGCCGACUUCAAGCCAUUGCUAGAAGACCUGACCGCUGUGGGAGGACCCAGUACUACCGAUUACCUAGGCUAUUUGGCGUUUGGUUCAGAAGCUCUGUGGUCAACAACGAAUGUCACCUUCUCCAACCCGGUCCUGAGCAUGGAUAUUGUCACCUAA